CACUGCUGUCCGCUGGGACGUGCUUGCUACCCACAACUACACGUGCUUGACUGUUGGAGGGAGCCAUCAUGAAGUCCUACACGCUGCUGCUGGCUGCUCUCAUCGCUAUUGCCCUAGUGUGUCCAUCAUAUGCUAAGGGGUAUGGGAGGAAGAGGACCAUGGCCAGGCAGGGUGAUCAGGAGCUUAUGGCCGUGACCGUGAGCACUCGAGACAAGGAGCUCGCGAAGAUGCGGGCCUACAAGGCUGCUGCCGAGGAGAUGGGGGAAGACGCCGACGAGCUGGCCAUGCUGAAACGGGUAGAGGAGAUCACCGACAAGCUACUGAGGGAGUCGUUUCCGGACGCGUACAAACCCGCCCCAGCCAAGCGGCCUAGGGCCGUGGAUAGCGACGAUGUCUGGGAGAACGGGACGGUUGUGCGUUACCUGGCCCGCGUCCUGGCCUUACUGCUUGCGGCGGCGGGACUGUACGCGUGGAACGACAAGGACGUGCGAGAGAAGCCGGACCGCACCAUCAAGGACACACCACCGAGAUCGUCAAGACCGUCGGCACGGUCGUCGUCUGCCUCAGACUCGAGGAAGAUGCGAUAGACAUCAAAUGCUGUAGCCUCUCGAACCAAAAUGGUUGAAAUUGGCGGGAGAAGAUGUGCGGUAGAGAAGCCAAGUCGCUCCCGCAGUGGUGCUGCAUGCGUUUGCACUGCUGUCCUUUGCCCUCGUGAGGGUGGCGUGGGAUUCCACGGAGCUGUCUUGUCACGUGGGUGUCACCUUUGCGGAUUCAGUUUCAGGUUCAGCAGCAGGAAGCCUUUCAUGGCGUCGCCUGCCAUGUGGACUAACCCGUAUGGUACAUGCUGCGGUGACCGACCGUGCUAGAGUCGGAGUCGUUCGUGAGGUUGCGCCAGCUAGCCGCAGAUACAUCGCAAAUGCUAAUGGUGGGUGUCUCGGCCUUGAGAGAAUUAGAAGCUCUAGCAAGAUUGGGCUGAGUACGUAGGCUUGUGUGUUUUUUGAGGGAAUCCGUCAUUGCGAGGAAAGGGAUUAUUUUCCUGGAUAUAUCGGGACAAAGAUUUUUCUUGAGGUAUUCUGUAGUGCUACACAUACAAUUGUACACAUGCUGCUGUGAUUGUUUCUCCGCCCUCCGCCCUCCGCUCUCCGCCCUCGUGUUCCGCGGAGGAGCAACGGGUGGUGCUUCGCAGUGGCCCACCGUGCGUCGAGAUGUAGUCAAGCGCCUACGAAUGAAGCUCCUCUUGCAGGUUUGGUCGGGUGUGUGGAGGGAGUAACUGGCUCUAUUUUUGGGACAGAGGCACACUGGGUGCAGCCGUGUUAGGCGUUGGGUGGUAGAGGAAAGCGAUCAUCACAGCACCGGAGGUAUGAGCAAGCCAUGCAGCCUCUUAUGUUAGCGUGUUGGAUUGGGUUCGUCGGCGACAAGAGAAGGCAAGUCGUGCAGCCGCCUGUGUUUGAGAAUGUUUUGCCCCCCCCGUGGCCCCCCUGGGGGUUUGUUGCUUUGUUCCCGAUAGCGGAACUUGAUUCUGUUGCAGGUGCGUAAUGUACGUCAGGUGUGCCGUGUCGGAAUCCUGUCGACGAGAGAUUUACUGUAGAUCUUCGAACCUCUGUCAUGCGGUCGCCGAAUCCUGUAGCCUUGUGAUCGGGGCGAAGAAAUGUCGCCCACUCGGCCAGGGGGAGGGGGAGGGUGUUUCGGAGUAGUAGGACAAUAUAAUAUUGCGAGAGGACGCCCUUGCCUGUGAGGCAGAAGAGCUCUGGUGCGAGGAGCUUGUUUCAAUUAGAGAUGUUGCGAGAACAGAGUGGUCAGCUAGCUGUAUCUCGUGCAAGCAUUCUCACAAAUUUUUCUGUCUUCUACCACUCUGUCGUGAACAUAUUUACAUACAUUAUUACCUUGAGCGAGGUCGGAAAAUCACCAAGUUCUCCCUGUUCUGUAGCCGAGACGUGCGAUAUUCUCAAUAUAUCUGUG